GAGGGCAUGUACAUACAAUAAGCACAUAUAGUAGCAAUACAUGAGUAUAUACACACCUAGGUAGGUAUCUACUAAUGAGUAUGUCGGCUUUAAUAGAUGAAGGUACCUUCUUCUGGCUUCCAAUACUCAUAUCGGAUGUAUUCCGCUGGUCCCACUAUGUAAUCAUAUGUUCCAAAUCGAGAUCGUAAAUGAUUGAGAUAAGAAAUACACACCUUCCUGCAUACAAAUAAACACAUUCACCAAAUCUGCCAAAUCUCCCAAACAUCAGACAAGAUGGGUCUUCAAUUAGCAUGGAUUGGUCUCGGAAACAUGGGGAGAGUAAGCUUCUUCCAACCAUUCUCGAGCUACUUACCCCGCAGCAGAGACAUAAGAAACACAAGGGACUCGAGUAACAUUUUCACAGGGCAUGUGUAAGAACCUCGUAGAGAAAGGUCAACUCGAUGGCCCCCUCAUACUCUACAACCGCACAACAAAGCGUGCAGAAGAUCUCAGUGAAUCCCUUCCGUCAGGCAAAUCCGCCGUCUCUUCUUCUAUUGCAGAUCUUGUUUCCCGAUCUGAUAUCAUCUUUACAUGCGUAGGAGAUGAUGCUGCUAUUAAUGAGACAAUCGAUGAAGGCAUCAAGAAUGGUGCGGCUGGAAAACUCUUCGUUGAUUGUUCGACUGUUCAUCCAGAUACCACGGAAGGAUUAGCAAAGAAGAUUAGUGCUGCUGGAGGAGACUUCGUUGCAUGCCCAGUUUUCGGUGCUCCAGCUAUGGCAGAAAGUGGACAACUUAUUUGCGUACUUGCUGGACCAAAAGAAAGUGUAGACAAGGUGAAGCCUUACACUAAAGGAGUUAUGGGUAAAGCCAUUAUCGACUUCGGGGGACAACCAGUUGGAAAAGCCACAUUACUGAAGGUUAUUGGAAAUACCUUUGUGCUUAAUAUGGUCGAGGUUCUUUCCGAAGGUCAUGUCCUUGCAGAAAAAACUGGCUUGGGUACUGAAAAUCUUCAUCAAUUUAUCGAAGCAUUGUUCCCAGGUCCAUAUGCGGCAUAUUCGAGCAGAAUGUUAUCAGGCGAUUAUCAUAAACGGGAAGAACCAUUAUUUGCAGUUGACUUGGCAAGAAAGGAUGCAAGGCAUGCAAUGGGAUUGGCGAAGAGUGCUGGUACUCGAAUGAAGGUAGUUGAAGUUGCAGAUGCUCAUUUAGAGCAGGUGAAGAAUCACAAGGGAGAAGCUGGUGAUAUCGGUGCCAUUUAUGGAGCUGUUAGACAGGAAGCUGGCCUUAAAUUUGAGAACUAGACUGUGGAAUAUUGAUGUUGAGGAAUAAAAAAAGUCAGGGAAAUCAUAAAACUAAAAAUGUAAAUAUAUAAAUAUAUAAAUAUAUAAAUAUAUAA